UGUGCGUGAUCCGGCCAGCCCUGGCGGAUGCCGCCGCACUCAGCACCUCCCAGUCUGAUCCGCAGAACCCAGCAGCGGUCGCUCGCUCCCCGCUGCCUGGCGGUUCCCGCUGCCGGCAGCCUCACACUGCCGCUUUUUCUACCCCUCUUUUCUACCUCCUUUUCUACUAACAAAUCUACUCAGUAGCUGUGCAAAGAUCACAGCCUCACUCGCUUGUGAUGGUGUCUCCGGUGAUUGCCCUGGCCUUCCUCCCCUUCAUUGUCACCCUGCUGAUCCGGUACCGGCACUACCUGCUGCUGCUGUACCGGGCAGUGCUGCUGGCCUGGCUGCGGGACCGGCUCACCGGCACCUCGCGGGAGCAGCGUGCCUUCCAGUACCUGCUGGCCCACGCCAUCCCUGGGGACCCCCACCACAUCCUCCAGACCUUCGACCAGUGGUGCUACCACUGUGAGCACCUCAGCUGUGUGGGGCCUGACAAAGGGGGGAUCGUGGAGCAGGUGCUGUUGGAACGGGCACCGCUGCAGGUGCUGGAGCUGGGCACAUACUGUGGCACCGUGCUGCUGGCACAGGGGCUGCCCCCAGGUGCCCACCUCUACACCAUUGAGGGGGGCCCCCGACACACUGCUGUGGCCUAAAAGUUCAUCCACCUGGCUGGUUUCAGUGAGCAGACAAGUGGGGGUCCUUCACCGCUGUGGCAGGGACUGAAGCACCUGCAGGGAAGUAUAUCAACUGAGGGUCCUGCAGCACAGGUGGAGCUGAUCGUGGGCCCCUCGGAGGAGGUGAUACCCCACUUGCAGGAGAAGCAUGGCCUGAUGAAUGCCACCUUGGUCUUCAUGGAUCACUGCAAACGCUGCUACCUGCAGGACCUACAGCUGCUGGAGAGCCACCAGCUGCUGGCUGAGGGGGCCACCAUCCUGGCUGAUAAUGUCCUCUUCCCUGGGGCACCCCACUUCCUGCAGUACGCCAAGACCUGCGGCAAGUACCACAGCAAGGUGCACCGUGCCAGCCUGGAGUACUUCCGCGCCAUUCCUGAUGGGAUCGCCGAGCUGCGCUACACCGGCACCCACUGA